UUGUGUUACUCAUUCACAAAGCAAAUCAAAUACUUAUACUUAUCGAGCAUUUUCCGUACCCAAAGCAAAACCAUUCACAUUCACAAACCAUGGGGAUCUUUUCUUUGUUGUGCUACUCUCUCUUUUAUCUUUCUUUAUUUUUCGUCAUUAGACUUUUGUUCCAAUCAAGAAAAUUCAAAAACCUCCCACCAGGUCCACCUUCUCUUCCCAUAAUUGGCAACCUCCAUCAUCUCAAACGUCCCCUCCACCGCACCUUUAAGGGACUCUCUAAAACUUAUGGUGAUAUCAUUUCUCUUUGGUUUGGUUCACGUCUUGUUGUUGUUGUUUCUUCUCUAUCCGAAUUCCAACAAUGCUUCACUAAAAACGAUGUUGUCCUAGCAAAUAGGCCUCGUUUUCUCUCUGGAAAAUACAUCUUCUACAAUUAUACUACCUUAGGAUCCACCUCCUACAGUGAACACUGGCGCAACCUUCGUCGUAUCACUUCCCUCGAUGUUCUUUCGAACCACCGCAUCAACAACUUCUCUGGAGUCCGAAGGGAUGAGACUCAACGAUUAAUCACGAAGUUGGCCGAGGAUUCAUCCACUUCCUUUGCUGAAGUAGAACUUAGUUUCAGAUUCUACGAUAUGACCUUCAACAACAUCAUGCGAAUGAUCUCUGGAAAGAGAUACUACGGAGAAGAUUGUGACAUGAGUGAUCUUCAAGAAGCAAGUCAAUUUAGGGAUAUGGUAACAGAAUUGUUGCAAUUGUCUGGUGCAAACAACAAAACUGAUUUCCUUCCAUUACUUAAAUUUUUUGAUUUUGAAAACUUAGAGAAAAGGGUUAAGAAUAUUGCUAACAAAACGGACACAUUCUUAAGAGGACUCCUUCAAGAGCAACGCAACAAGAAGGAACGUACAAACACCAUGAUUGACCAUCUUCUAAAUUUGCAAGAGUCACAACCUGAGUACUACACUGAUCAAAUCAUCAAAGGCCUCGCUUUGGCUAUGCUCCUUGCCGGAACCGACUCAUCUGCUGUAACAUUAGAGUGGUCAAUGUGUAAUUUAAUGAACCAUCCAGAGAUAUUGAAGAAGGUAAAGGAUGAAUUGGAUAUUCAUGUAGGACAAGAUCGUUUGGUAGAUGAAUCAGACCUUCCAAAACUUACUUAUCUUAAAAAUGUCAUCUAUGAGACGCUUCGGUUGUGUACUCCCGCUCCUUUGUUAUUACCACACUCAACUUCAGAUGAUUGCAUUAUUGGAGGAUAUAAAGUACCACGAGACACCAUAGUAUUGAUCAAUGCAUGGGCCAUUCACAGGGAUCCUAAGUCAUGGAGUGAGGCCACAACCUUCAAGCCGGAGAGGUUUGACAAAAAAGGGGAGAUUGAAAAGGUGAUUGCAUUUGGGAUGGGAAGAAGAGUGUGUCCUGGAGAAGCUUUGGCUCUUCGAACAAUUAGCAUGACUUUGGCAUUAUUGAUUCAAUGCUUUGAUUGGAAACGUACAAGUGAUGACAUGAUUGAUAUGGCAGAACGAGAUGGAUUUGUUUUGACAAAAUUAAUUCCAUUAAAGGCCAUGUGUAAAACUCGUCCGGUCGUAAACAGAAUUAUCAAGUAAUUAAUUCUCACGGUACUUUCCGGUUCUAGAGUUCUUCGAAAUGUGUAUUCAGUACAACGCAAGUACUAUAUAUGCAUGUUCAAAUAAGUGUUAUAUUGUAUCCUUAGUAUGAAAAAGCUAUGAGCCAUCAUUGUAUACAUUUUUAACUCCGUUUUCUUAAAUAAAAAGUUAUUUUAUUUUAAUUA